AUGGGCGUGGCCCGGGGCUUUGGCGGCUUCCCGGCGGGAGCAGGUGCGCUGCCAGCCAGGCCGGUGGACAGACGCCGCGGUGCAGACAGCUAUGGACGCGGACGGGUGCGCCCCCUCACUCCCGUCAGCCCAUGUGUGCGAACGAGGAGAGGUGAUAUGCCGGCCGAGGAGUCGAGCGAGCACUGUGGCGGCGCGUCUGCGUGCGCUGGAGAAACCGGAGAAAGCAGUGCAAAAAGUGGUGGUGGCGCGGGAGCUAAGGGCGCGCUAGGCCCAAGGCGGCAUGGCAGUCCAGCCCGUGAGCAGCAGCCAUGUUCAGGGCCCCUCCACCAAGACGUCGACUGA